AUGAAAAAACAGUGUGCUUCCUUCUGGCUUCUGGGUGCAGUUGCAUUACCCUUCCUGUGUUUAGUGCAUGCCCGAAGUCUUAUGAGAUGUCUAGUUUCCAUGGAUGUGCAUCAUAUAGAAGAGAGCUUUCAAGAAAUCAAAAAGGCUAUUCAAGCUAAGGAUACUUUCCAGAAUAUUACCAUCUUGGCCACAUCAGAAACUUUGAAGAAUAUUCAGCCCUCAGAUGUGUGCUGCAUGACCAAGAACCUCCUGGCAUUUUAUGUGGACAGAGUAUUCAAGGAUCACCAGGAGUUAAAUCCCCACAUACUGAGAAAAAUCAGCAGCAUUGCAAACUCUUUCCUCUACUUGCACAAGACUCUACUACAGUGUGUGUUGCCUUUUUCAUACCAGGAGCAGAGGCGGUGUCACUGUAGACCAGAAAUCAUCAAUGCAACCAGAACCAUUCACAACAACUACAGUGAGUUGGAGGUCCCAUCAGCUGCUAUUAAAUCUCUGGGAGAACUUGAUGUCCUUCUAGCCUGGAUUCACAAGAACCAUCAAGAAACAUCUACUGUUGAGCAAUAAGAGUCUUAAUUGCCUUGGGAUGAAGAGUCCCUGAAAGAUUUUCAGUGGU